AUGGGAGUGAAGCGGAGGACCGUGAUUCAUGUGGUGGACGGGCUGCAUGGAUCUGGCGGCAUGGGGGUCCCCGUACAUGGUGCUCGGGAUCCCCACUCCAUCCAUCCCACCGUAAUGGGGUAAAUCGUCGUACUGCAUAAUAGACAGGAGGGAAAAGACAAGGGUCAGCUUGAAGGCCAGUCCUUCGCAGUGCAGUUUAAAGGGGGGGGGGAGAGCAACUUCGUGUGCUGGGGUGGGUGCGAGGAGAGUGGGAACCAAGGCGCACAGAAGAUCCACUCUGUCACUUGGGGAGGAAGAUGGCGAAACAUAAGGGACCGGGAAGGCCGCCUCUUUUUUUAAAAAAGUGAAAGAAGUUUUCCCUGCGGUUUGGUUUGGUUUGUGUGUGGGGGGUGGUGUUGUUUUUUCUGUUUUUGUUUCUUUGGUCUUGGGUCCAGUCUCCAAUGCAUUUUCCACUAGGCCUUCGCAAGUACUUUCCUCCUGGGGUCCUGGCACAGCGUCCUCGUGGAAAUGAAAAAGUUAUCUGGAGUAUGGAGGACUUCUCUGGAGUCCAGCUCAACAUAAAUGCAUGCUGGAAAGAUGCCUCCUCCUCUAGGUUUUCUCAGCAGAAGUUAAAAUGAGGACACCUAUUAUUAACACGUGCAUUAAAACAACCUCCCUUUAUUUUUUUUGUGAGAUUUCCCUGUGGGCAUCGGUUGUGCCUGCCAGAAGCCUCAAGUGGCAGACCUUCCCUGAUGUUUGAAAAGAUUCACGAAUGUUUUGGAGGCUUGCCUUGGAGCGCGGGUCCUCCUGCUCGUCGGAAGACUACCCCUCCCCUCACUUCCAGCUUCUCCUUUGCUACCUAACAGGGGAGAAAGUCAAGAGAAAAUGGGCUUUCUGGCGUUGGGUGGUUUCUCUUUAAACUCACCCCAACGUGGCGUGGAAAGGUUGUGUGUGUGUGUGUGUUCUUUUACACGGAAUUUCUCUAUCUUCUUCUCCUCUGCUUCGUCAACGUUUAGGGCUUUUUCCACCUUUCCUAUCCAAUCCCUCUCUCUCUCUCUCUCUCUCUCUCUUUCUUUCUUUCUUUCUUUCUAUCUUUCUUUCUUUCUUGUAGUGAAUCUGCUUCUGUGACUACGGUUCUGCUUAGGUUCAUCAAAUGGGACCGAGGUCAGUUCUGAAGACGUGUCUCUCUCUCUCUCUCUCUCUCUCUCUCUCUCUCUCUCUCUCUCUCUCUCUCACACACACACACACACACACACGAGAUGGGGGGGGGCUGUGUCUGGUGCACCAGAUCGCCCACUCCCCGCCCCCGUGUCACAUCUAGGGCACAUGCAGCAGCGACCCCUCGCUACACUGUUAGCAACCUCCGAGGCUAGUGGCCAUUUCCUUUGUCUAGAAAUAAGUGAUUAAUUUCUAUUUACUCUUCGCUCUGUAAAAGCGAACCUUUGCCUGGCGCCUUGAAAUUGCAGGACUUUUACGCGUCGCCCUUUCUCCCUCUCGCAAGCCAAUACAAAAGGAAGCGGAGUUAAGGGAGAAGAAAGCCCUAUUAGGGGAGCAAACCAGCCUGCUUUGCUGGAACUGCACCUCCGCCGUCCGAGGCGAGGCGUUUGCGCCAGGAGUUGUCUCCAAACUGCUACAUCUUCCCCCCCAGAGCAGAGAUCUCCGCCAGGCAGGGUUUCCCCGCCCCCACCGACUCCCCUCCAUUCCUUUUGAAAACCUCCUAGAAGGGGGAAUCUCCCCCGCCGGAGGCAGCAGUGGAGCAGCUGUAAUCCAAUCAGGACCUUUUCUCGAAAAGCCAGGCAUGGAUUGGUUUUUUGGGAGAAAUCAAUUAUCAAAUAAUCGAUCAGCAGGGAGCUUCGAUCUGCGGGGAGCGCCUCCUCCCCCAAAAGCCACUUCACAGAGAACCGAAGUUGCUAAGUUCAGAAAGAUUGCUCAUUUGCCUUGCCCUGUGUUGGGAUUUAAUCCAAAAGGGGAAUACGACCGCUGCUACUAUUAAACAGAGAGGGCGGGUGGGAAAAGGCUUUAUCUUGGUUUUUCUUGGUUUGCCUCUUUAAAAAGGGGUAAAAUGUGAGAUCCAGUGGUCUCUCUUCUGUUUUGGAGUGGGCUUUGGGAGCUGGUUUACACUUCUGUCACUUUGUCUGGGUAUAAUGUUUUUUCUUGGUCGGCUCACACAGAUGUCUCCCCCCUGCACCGAGUGAUUCCAGAAAGGCAAGAGGUGAGGUGGAUCGGGGAUCGCAUCUCCAGGCGUCUUCCUGAGCACAGCAUCCUGUUCACACGUGACAGUAAAAGCUGCAGUUUGGUACCUUUUAUAGGCAGCAGAGGUAUCAUGAAGUGUUCCAGAUUAAAAAAAAAAAAGUUUGUUAUUGUUGUUCCAAUUCAUUCCUCGAAUGAAGAAUUUCUGUCCUCUCUGAUCUAGCACCGUGGCAAUGUUAUGGUUUUCUUCUCACAUGCUCUACCAAUAUAUUUCAACAGAAAUAAAUCACAUAAGGUUUGGUUCGGGCCAAAGAAGACUCUUAAGUGAAACGUUAACAGAAAUAUUUUGCUGCUGCUUCCAACCCCACAGCCUCGCUUUCUGUCUCCUGCGUGCUGCUAUUAAGUUUUUUUGGGCCAAAAAACAUGUAUUUCUAAAGGACGGGAGGGGUUGAUUUAAAUUUGCUUUUUCAAACAGAAAUGGGACGACGCACAGACGCUUCUGGGAGUUGAAGGCGAAGAUUCACAAUAAUAAGGGGUUUCUUUUUUCCACAAUUCCCCGUACAAUGGUCGGUUAUUUUUCCGGCCCCUGUUCUUUAGAGACGAAUACCUGUUGUUGGCUGAUGGAGAUAAUAAAAAGUUGAGUAUUAAGGGAAAGAGAAGGAAGGCCUGACAUCUAUCAGAUCAGUCCAACGAGUGGGGGAAUAAAGCACAAAAUCCAACUGCCGUGCAGUCACACCAAGGGUCCAAGCAGCCUUAUGGAUGUGGCCGAAGAGUGGCGGAGUAAUCGCUCCACGCUCAUAUUUCCAAGAACCGGGUUCACCUGAGGGGAGAAGCAUUCUUCUAUUUAAGAAAAAAACAUAGAAAGGAAAGAGAGAGAACGAGCAAUCUGCUGCAUGCUAGCAAAUAUUGUUCCCCUGGUACAUGUGUUAGGAGGUUUCAAACUACUUUCAGAAACAAACUCCAAACACACACACACAAACACACCAUUUUUGGGCUCACCACCUCGCGGUGAGAUACCUCAGCCUUACGCACCAGCGGCGGGGGCUGGUGGAAAAAUUAAAGCUUCCCAGGUAAGGCAGUUUUGCCCACUUUAAACCCCCGUUGGACCAUGACCUCUCACUCUUCUCUAUAACAGAAGCGAGACCCCCUGGCUUCCCAAGUUUCUCUUAGGAAAGCAUUUCUAGCCGUGCAAUGCUUUUUUAGAAGGGGUGGGUCUGGGAGAAAGGGAAAGGAAGGGAGCUAUUCAUCUUGUACCCAGUGUCAUUCCCAGGCCUUUCUGAGAUUAAUUCAGCCCAAUCGAGGCUAAAACACUUUUACAGUGUAAUUACAGUAGUACAAAUUGUUUGCGCAAAGCUCCUUCUGGAUAAGGGUUUUUUUUUUUUUUAAACAAUUAGCAAACAGUUAUUACAGCGGGAACUUGCUGUGAGAAAUUGCACCGUGGCCGUAUCGAGUUGCAAUAUACUGGUCAUAAAAAGACUAAGCGGGCGGCAAUUAAUCAUCUAUUAAAAGGAAAAAGUAAACGCACAGUUCCUCACUAUCUCCGUAAACUGUCCGAGGCAGCCCUGGGUUUUGUGCUUUCAACUACAACGGCCCACACUUCACAACUGGAUGGCCUUUUUAGGAAAUGCAACUAUAACCGCCGCCCGCCCGCUCCCCAGCACUGA